UCCCAAAACCCUGUUCAAGAAUUUGUGAGUGAAGUAGCCAACGUUUGACGCCCAGACAAUCAAUCUUUCCACACGCUCAACAGUCAACACCAAAGCAAUGGCUCUGCUCUUCACCACCGCCACCACCACUUCACACUCUCACCUCUCUCUCUUCUCCAAAAUCCCAAACCCUAGCAAACCGCUUCCUCUCCUCUCUCCCUCUCUCUCUUUCGCAAACCCUAAAAAUCGCUUCUUCAGAUCGCCUCCCUCCCUGCUCGUCGUCACCCACUCCUCUCUCUCCGACCCUUCCCCCAAUCCCCGGCUCUCAGACGAGUGGGGCGAGCCCUCCGAACCUGAAACCGAGCCCGAGUCGCCUCCGGACCCCCCCAGAAACGAUGACGAGUGGGGUGGAGACGACGCUGGCGGCGUUGUUGCCGGCAGUACGGAGGAUGAGUAUGACGCCGUCGGUAACGGUAGUCCUGCCGUCGCCGAAACGGCCAAGGAUACGGCUGACGUGGUGGAGGAAGAUAGGUUGACGAAUAAGCUUGCGGAGCUGAAGCGGUGCCUGGUGGACACGGUUUACGGGACGGAGUUGGGAUUCAGGGCUGGGCCGGAGGUGAGGGCCGAGGUGUCGGAGCUGGUGAGUCAGCUGGAGGCGGCGAAUCCGACUCCUGCGCCGACAGAAGCCCCUGGGGCUCUCGAUGGCAAAUGGAUUUUGCUGUACACUGCAUUUUCUGAGCUGUUGCCCCUGCUCGCAUUAGGGACAUCACCUUUGUUGAAAGUGAAAGAGAUACGCCAAGCAAUUGACACCAGCAAUCUCACCAUUGUGAACUCGACCACGUUGUCUAGCCCUUUCGCUGCUUUGUCUUUCAGUGCUUCUGCUACUUUUGAAGUUCGAAGUCCUACAAGAAUACAGGUUGCAUUUAAGGAAGGUGCCUUUCCCCCUCCAGAGAUAAAGUCAAGCAUUGAUCUCCCAGAAAAUUUGGAUAUCUUUGGGCAGCAAAUUAAUCUGUCGCCUGUGCAGCAAACCCUCAGUCCGCUGCAGGACGUAGUGGCAAGUAUUUCACAAGUCGUUUCUGGUCAGCCGCCUCUUAAGGUUCCCAUUCCGGGUGACCGUGCUAGCUCCUGGCUUCUUAUUACGUACCUCGACGAUGAUAUUCGAAUCUCAAGGGGAGAUGGUGGCCUUUUUGUGCUUGCCAGGGAAGGUAGUCCCCUUCUUUAUCAGUAGCAAGGUCCUUGUUGCCAUGAGUUAUUUGCAAAGGCAUAUUAUAUAUACCUACAGUCUCUAUAUUCCCAUUUGUCACUUUUGCUUAAAUGUGAAAAGGAAAGAACUUCUGUAUUGAUGCCAUUUUGUACAUCCGUGGUGGGUUUUUAGUCGAAUAUUGAAUGCUUGUACACAUUCGUAUUA